AUGGCUGGCGAUCGAGUCAUGGCUGACGGCCUCCUCGCCGUAUGGCAUGCCUACCGUCUUCCUAUUCUCAUUGCAGUGUCGGCGCUAUUCUUCGCCAUUCGUGCCUACCGGACGCUUUCCCGAUCGAAGACGCCGGCCUCAGCCUCCGUACCGUCCUCCCCGCGCAGCCAGUCUCCUGAGAAACUCGAGAAACUCCCCGCAACACAGAAUGCCGUCUUGGAGAAAGAAAAUCUGAAAGCCGUCCGCGCUGAUGCCGGGACUAAACCCUCUGGCCCCAAGCGCGUCCAGGGCAAGAAGCCCGCAAAGACAAUCGGUGGCCGUCGUGGUUCCAGCGAGGAGCUCCAGCCCAUCACUCAUAUCCAACCCAUUAUCUUCUUUGCCUCUUUGACGACCAACACCGAACGGUAUGCGAACGUCUUGUUGGAGGAUUUGCGUGCCGCUGCUCAGGAGCAAUCAAACCUGGAGAACCCCGGACGUGGUAUUCUGCCCCCGCAGAUUCAUGACAUCUCGUACAUCGACUUUGACGACUUCUUUGUCUCUGCCCCAAAGCCACCGUCAACUUCUCCUGGAACACGCUACAUGUACUGCAUUUUGGUCCCAACCUACAACAUUGACACGGUACUGAGCACUUUCCUGGGUGAUUUGGAGGAAACACACAAUGACUUCCGAAUUGAUACCGGUUCGCUGCACCAAUUGGCUGGAUACUCGGUCUUUGGCUUCGGUGACAAGGAAGAAUGGCCAACUGAGGAAGAGGGUUUCUGCACACAGGCUAAGGAGAUUGAUCGUUGGAUGUCAAAACUCACGGGUCGCAAGCGGGCAUUCCCGUUGGGCAUGGGCGAUGUCAAGAGUGAUGCCGACGCUGCUUUGAAGGAUUGGUCUCAAGGAAUCCAGGAUACCUUGUCGGACAUUUUGGAGAAUGGUGGCUUGGGCGAGGGUGUUUCCGGUAGCGGUGAUGCUGUGGAGAGUGAUGAAGAGGAAAUGGACGAUGACGAUUCGUCUGGAAAAGAAAAGAAGAGCUCCAUGGUAGAUCUCGAAGAUAUCAAGAUGGGCGAUGACUCCGGCCCUCUUCCUAUUGAUUUUACCACCGUGGGCAAAGUUGUAUCUUCGGAAGCCAGUGCCAAGGAAAUGGUUCCCAAGACCUCGCCUACCUAUGCCUCUUUGACGAAACAAGGCUACACGAUUGUGGGUUCGCACUCUGGAGUCAAGAUUUGUCGAUGGACCAAAUCGGCGCUGCGUGGACGAGGCUCUUGCUACAAGUACUCUUUCUAUGGUAUCAGAUCCCAUCUCUGCAUGGAGGCAACACCAUCUCUCUCAUGUUCCAACAAGUGCAUUUUCUGCUGGCGUCACGGUACAAACCCGGUCGGAACAACUUGGCGUUGGAAGGUUGACUCUCCCGAGCUGAUUUUCCAAGGUGUGAAAGAAGGUCACUAUAAGAAGAUCAAGAUGAUGAAGGGUGUUCCCGGUGUCCGAGCUGAGCGAUUCGCCGAGGCUAUGCGCAUCCGCCACUGUGCCCUGAGUCUGGUCGGUGAGCCCAUUUUCUACCCUCACAUCAACCGGUUCUUGGAAAUGCUCCACGCGGAGCACAUCUCCAGCUUCAUGGUGUGCAACGCCCAACAUCCUGAUCAACUCGAGAACCUGCACCGCGUCACUCAACUAUAUGUUUCCAUCGAUGCCAGCAACCGUGAGAGUUUGCGGAAGAUCGACCGCCCGUUGCACCGUGAUUUCUGGGAGCGAUUCCAGCGCUGUCUCGAUAUUCUGCGGGAAAAGCGACACGUUCAGCGAACCGUUUUCCGAUUAACCUUGGUCAAGGGCUUCAACGUGGAUGAUGAGGUCAUCGGAUAUGCAGACUUGGUUGAAAAGGCUUUGCCAUGUCUGAUCGAGGUCAAGGGUGUCACAUAUUGCGGAACCAGCACGAGCGCUGGCGCCGGCUUGACCAUGCAGAACGUGCCCUUCUAUGAAGAAAUCACCAGCUUUGUGGUCGCCCUCAACGCGGAGCUAGAGCGCCGAGGGCUCGGGUAUGGUCUUGCCGCAGAGCACGCCCACAGCUGUUGUGUUCUGCUCGCCUCCAAUCGGUUCCAUGUGAACGGAAAAUGGCAUACUCGGAUCGACUAUCCUCGCUUUUUCGAGUUGUUGGAGAAGGAAAAGGCCGAUGGAACCUCUUUCACUCCGGAAGACUACAUGCAGGAGACCGAGGAGUGGGCGCUUUGGGGCAAUGGUGGUUUUAACCCGGAGGAUGAGAGAGUCCACCGCAAGGGCAAGAACAGAGACAGAGCCAUUGAGGCUACUCCUGUGGAGGAUGUCUCGAGCUCAUGA